AUGUCUUCGUUAUUACGCUCAACGAAGUUCGUCCGGUAUUUUACUGGAGCAGCAAGAACUCUUAUUUUAAAUUCUGCUAAAACUGCAGAGGCAAAUUUGCUUGUUAACCCUAAAACAUUAUGUACAAGCAACAAUAUUCUCAUGAGGGACUAUGCAACAUCCAAAAAGACUGAAAGCCUUGAACCUUUACUACAAAGACUAGAUUCAGAAGUGCGAAGAUUUGGAAGGAUAACAAAAAAAGACAUUGAUGAAGUUUUUGAUGAGAUUCGCUCAAAAAAUGACAUUACUAGCUCACAGUCACUGCUAGUUAUCAGAUGUUGUGGAGAACUAGUGCCAGAAGAACUUCCAGAAGAAAGAACACUUCUGGUACAGAAAAUAUGGAAUGUGUUAACAGAAAGAGGAAUCCCAAUGGACAUAUCCCAUUAUAAUGCUUUACUUAGAGUAUAUUUAGAAAAUGAGCACCCUUUUUCACCAGCUAAAUUCCUUGAAGAACUGGAAACAAAAGGGCUACAACCUAACAGGGUAACUUACCAGAGACUUAUGUGGCGUUACUGUCAGGAAGGAGAUGUAGAGGGCGCCACUAAAGUUUUGGAAAGAAUGCGCGAGUUGAAUCUUCCGGUGUCAGAACCUGUAUUAAAUGCUUUAGUGAUGGGUCAUGCAUUCCAUGGUGACACUGAAGGUGCUAAAGCAGUUUUAGAAACUAUGGCAGCAGCUGGUCUUCAACCGACAAAUAGAACUUACACAUUACUGGCCUGUGGUUAUGCAAGGAAGGGAGAUGUUGAAAGUGUAGAAAAUGUUAUCAAAACUGCCAUUGAAAAAGAUGUAUAUCUAAGUGACAAGGAUAUUCUUGAUAUUAUCGAACAUCUUGCUAUUGGUGGCCAUGAUGACAAAAUAGAACAACUGUUUCCUCAUCUUCAAAAAAGUCAUGGAUACAAUCAAGAAGUAUGCAAUCUCAUCUUAAGAUUACUAAACAAAGGGCAUGAACAGACUGCCAAAAAAAUGAUGAUGACAAUGCCAAAGGUAUCUAACGCUGAAGACACACCUUUCAAAGGAGCAUUCUUUGUGAAACAAUUGCUCAAAUUAAACAAAUCGCCAGAAGAUAUUGUAAACUCGUGCAGAAAACUCCAAGAAGAAGGACUAAUACCAAAAGCAUUAUACAUUGCAACUGAAAAUGCUUUGCAGUUAAAGAAAACUCAAUUAGCCUAUAAACUUUUCAAGGAAAUGCAGAAAGAUGGUUUAGAGAUACGACAGCAUUACUAUUGGCCGCUGCUAGUACAGAAAGGGAAAGAAGGUGAUGAAGAAGGUCUUUUGCAACUUCUUCGAGAAAUGUGCAGUGAAGGUAUUUCCCCAUCAGGCGAAACUCUUAGAGAUUAUGUGAUACCUUACAUAAUUAGUAAAGAUACACCCGAAAAUACUAUACUUAAGUUGCAACUGUCAAAUGUCCCUGCCAUUCACAGCGCGAGAAAUGUUAUGAUUGAACUUUUGGAAUCGGGUAACAUUAAAAAGGCGGCUGACAUUGCUUUACAGUACCGCCCUAGAGGACAAUACACAUUGGUUUCCCGACCUCUGGUUAAUGCAUUAAACAAAACAAAAGACAUUGACUCAUUUGUUACAAUUCUUCAUGUUAUUAGUAAUCAACCACAAGCUAAUACUGAAGAAGAUUCUGUAAAUGAUGAGACACAAAAUGAUGAUAUUAUUAGCAAGGAAGUAGGUCGUAUUGUAAAGAUAGCAGUAAAGAAUUUAAUGCAACCAGCCUUGUGUGAGAAACUUUUAAUGGCUGUUCGUUCUAAAGGACUUUCCAUUAGUACCACUUCAGCUGAAGAAAUAGAACAAUUCCUUGGACAAAAUAUGACGACAAAUUUGUCGGAGCUUCUAUCUGAGCUAACUUCGUCUGAUAUGGAAAUUGCGCCAAUUGAAAGUCCGCGUCACAAUAGACCAAGAUCUGCUGCCGAGUUAGAACAUUUAUUAAGCCAGAUUAAGAGUAAAGGUGGUAACAAUGUGCAUCGUAUCCAAAAACAACUUUUAGUAGCUUAUAUCAAAGAGAAUGAAGUCGCAAAAUUAACAAAUUAUCUGGAAGAAUUAAAGAACAGUGAUUUUGAGCUUACAGCUGCAACUCUUGCUCAGUUAUGCGAGUUCUAUGCACAGAAUAAUGAGAUUGACAAAGCACUUGAGAUGAAAGCACAGAUUGCUGCAAAAGACCCGGAAUUCAAACUUACUAAGUUUAAAUUUGUGCAAUUAGCUUAUGGUCUAGUUCGAGCUAAUAGAUAUGAAGAGGCUAUUAAGUUGCUAAAAGAAAAUAAACAGGAUGGUGAGAAUGAAAAUUCUGGUUUCUUGAUCAACUCUAAAUGUUGGCAAAUGUUAAAUACUUUGGCUGAACAGAAGGAUGAUACUAAAGUAAAAGAAAUGACAGAAGUAUUGAUUGAGAACAAUUAUAUCGAGCCAUCCAACAUAAUAUUAGGUCCAUCUAUCAAAGUACACUUACUUAAUAACGAUAUAGAUGGCGCUCUCAAAGAGUUUGAGCAUUGUUGUAAACAGUACAGAAGUACCCCAUGGAAGGGAGAGUUGAUGAAGUCCCUUAUAUUGAAGGAAGAUGCCACAAAACUGCAGUGGCUAGCAGAUCUCAGUACGCAGAUUCACGGGGAGGUGAAUAUCCUUCAUGACUUAGUCCUUGCAUUCAUAGAGUGCGGUCGCUUGAGACAAGCUCGCCGCAUAUUAGAGACACCCGGCCUACAAACAAAACAUAAACGCUUGGAUGACGCUUGCCAACGAUAUGUUGAGGAAGGUAAAUCAGAAUAUCUAGAGGGCUUACUAGAGGCGACAAAAGAACUCUCACACAUAGAUCGUGCUAAUAUUUUCUACCAUUUGCUUGUCACAUACUGCAAAGCUAACGAAACUGACAAAGCUUUAGGGUUGUGGACAGUCCUUCAAGAGGAAGGUGAAAUCCCUAAUGACCAGUUCUUGUUUACGCUUGGUAAUCAUUUAAAAUCACAGAAUAGAGAAAUUCCAUUCAUAAUGCCUGAGGAAAAAUCUCCAAUGAACUUAAAGAAUAAAGAGGUUAUCAAAAAAGUUGAAAAAGUUACACCAAAAAUUGUGCCGAAGAAAACGAAGAAAGAUGUUUCUGCAGUUAUAGAAAACAUGGUUAAGGAAGGCAAAGCUGCCCAAGCUAUGGACUAUGCAAUAAAUUCUAUUGAAGACAGUAUUAUUCCAAAAGAUAAUGUAUUAAAGUUCCUUCUCAAAAAAUUGGCAGAAGAGGGAAACGUGGAAAAGAUACAAUCAUUGGGCAAAUACAUUAACGAAUCUAUGCGACGGAGUAUAACUUAUGAUGAUAAGUUGACUUUAGCUAUUUUCAAAAGAGGAGCUGGCGCACAACACGUUGAAAGUUUAUUGAAUGCCUUGCAAGUUGCUAAGACCGAUGAAGAUGUACAAUCUGCUCUUAGGAGGUAUCCGCGUAGCAACGCACUUGCCUCAGCGAUACAAGAUAAGGAUAUACUAAACAAAUGUCAAGAAGUGGCACUGUUAGCUGCAUCGAACGGAUAUAUGUUACCAGCCAAUCUACUGUGGAUGGAGUUCCUUUUAGCUGGCAUGGACAAAGAGGCGGAUACUAUUUGGAACCAAUGUUUAAACAAUGCUAAUGUUGUUGUUUUCAGACGGCUAUUACAAGAAAGCUACAUUAGGAAUGAUAAGCAACUGAUAGAGAAACUUAUUAGUAUUUUGAAAACAAAUAAAAAUUUGUCAUUGGCGUCAUUGGGCAACGCUUACUCGCGGUUAAUAAACAUGCACCUUUUAGAGAGUAAAGUUGACGAAGCAAAAGCUGCUUUCGACAGUGCUUUAAAUUGUGGCGUCACAACUGAUCAAAUAAACAAUAACACCAUUCAAAGGCUCAAUUCUGCAUUAGAGAAAAGAGGCUAA